AUGGGAUGGAAGGCGGCGGAGAAGCUCAUCAGACACUGGAAGAUGCUCCGCGGAGACAACGUGAUGGUCAUCAGAGGCAAGGACAAAGGGGAGACCGGUCUCAUCAAGCGUGUCAUUCGCUCGCAGAAUCGCGUCAUCGUCGAGGGCAAGAACUUGGUAAAGAAACACAUUAAACAAGGGGAAGGGCACACAGGUGGUAUUUUCUCGAUUGAAGCUCCACUUCAUGUGUCAAAUGUCCAAGUAGUUGAUCCUGUCACUGGGAAACCAUGUAAGGUUGGAUAUAAGUAUUUGGAAGAUGGGACCAAAGUCAGGAUGUGUUCUGUUCUUGAUCUAACUGUCUACUUCCAAUCAUGCAGCUGGCCCAAAGGAUACACCGAUUGA